CUCGGCUGGCACUAUCAGCAGCAGCAGGCCCGCGACCGAUCAUCGACAUCAUCCUCACCUUGAUGAUUUGCUUAACAUCCCAAGGUUUUCUGUUCCACAAGGACAAACAUUUUAUAAACACUUUAUUUUUUUAAAACGGAAAUCUUUGAACAGUCAUUGCAAAGUAUGUUCACAAAUAGAACUGCAUGGUUCUCAAAUAGCGUGAGAAGAGGAGUCCGUUGGUUUUGGGUAUCUGAGGGUGGAGCUAUUACAAGUUGGGAGACUGCAGACUACCUUUUCAGUGAGGAUGCCACCUGUCCUGAUACAGUCAGGAUAUUUGAGAGUGGGGACUAUGCUGAGAACAGGCUGACAGUUUUUCACAGCUUCUAUCUAGCUGCUUGUGAGAAAUGCCACAGUGUCAAGUCGGUGUGCAUCGGUCAUUAUGUGCUGCCUCCAGUCUCUGUCCAGGAGGUGGUGAAAGCAGUGGUUGGGAGAUUCAUUUGGGAGCAGGAGGAUAAUGCAAAGGCUGUUGAAACAGAGGAUUCAGAUGACAUAUUGGCAUUGGGCAAUAGGCAGAAGGAAGAGGACUGCAGUGGAGAUUACUGUGAUCACACAGACAUCAAUACUUGUAUGGAUCUCCUGAUCAGCUACUAA